CUGCAUUCAUUGCUUUGGUAAUUUCAGAUAAUAUGGACAGAAAAACAAAAAUUAUGUUGAAUGCACUCAAUAUAAAGGACAGGAGUUGCAUUGAUUUCCUGAAAGUUCCUAAAUAUGAACGACUUGGAACCACCCAGAACGAACAAGAUUUGUGCAUUCAAAGAUCCCAAGAACUAUUUGGGAACGUAACAAGUCAAACAAGAACACCUGCUAUAAAAAUUCAAUACUCCACCAUAUCCUCCACCGAAAAGGUGUAUAACACAAGACUACAGAAGGUUAAAAAAAAUCUCUUUGAAGAAGAAAUACCUAUAAGUCCGCAAGAACACUUUAGAAACCUCCAGUCUGGUGGAAUAUCACCUACAAUUGAUGUAGUAUCUACUAGUGAUGAACAUUUUGAUGCUCAUGGUAGUAGUAGUAGUGAGCAUGCUUCAGAAGAAAAUGAAGCUUAUAGUAGUGGUACUGAAUACAUUCCAGAUACUCCCUCGGUUUCAUCAGAUUCUGGGAGCGAACCUGGCAACAGUUUUAUCCAAAAAGACGACCAUUUAUGUAAUAAACAGGAAGAAAUAUCUGAUCCAUAUACUGAAAAAGUUACAUUUUCGGGCCGCACUGUUGAACCAAUUCUGCCAUCAGAAGAAAACCCUUCCAAUAAUUUUGGGAUAUAUAAACAGGAUGGUGAAAUGCGCAAGGGAAAGAAAAAGACAGAUUUCUGUUUCUUUUGCGAGACUCCAGUGUUAAAUUUUGCCAGACAUAUAACACGCAACCACCCAUCAGAAAUCGAAGUCCAAGAAAUUCUGCUACAUCCAACUCGUAGUAUAGUGUCUGCCCAAAAUUUAUUGGUAUCUAGCUUGAGAAUUGAUCUAAAUUUGAAAAAGACGGUUUUUCCCAGGAUGAGAGCGGAUGAAAUAUCUCUCGUUGCAAAAAGAGAUCCACUUAUUUGUGCUUAUGGAGCAAGGUACAUGAAAAUUCACCGAGAAAAGCAUUUCAUCAACGUAACAUCUAGGAAAAUGCGAGAAAUUGCUCGAUUUUUAAUCGAAAUAGAAAAAAUGGAGCCAAAUAUUCAUUGUCUCUUUGAUGCUCUGAAACCUAAAUAUUUUGAUACAACUGUUGCUGCAACAAAAGCAGUGGCAAAAUAUGACGUAGAAAAGGAUAAAUUUGAAUCACCAACCUACGCUAUGAAUAUGGGCACGAAUCUGAAGCAAUGUGCGGAGAUAGCUAUUAUAUUUGCUCUGAAAAGGAAACAAAUCGCCUUAACAGUUUCAUCUGCUGAAGCAGAGGCAGAUUUAAAAACUUUGAUAAAAGUCAUUGAGUCACAAUGGCAAUAUGAGAUUUCUAGCCAGGCCGCCAGUGAUAUAAAUAUUAACAAGUGGAAUAAAGUUACCCUAGUGCCACUUGCCAGUGACUUAAAACUGUUAAAGGAAUUUUUGAUAACGACGGCAAAUUCUGCCGCAACUGCACUUCAGAACGACGGCGACGGGGACGUUAGCCAAUACGUACUUCUUUUGGAGUCUAUAUUCUGCCGUGUGAUUUUACUUAACCGAAGACGUCCAGGUGAACUGCAAAGACUGACACUGGACAAUUAUCAAAUAUUGGAGAAAAGCGAUUCCAGCUCAAAUUAUGAAGAGUUCUCCGAGGUUGUUUCUCCAACUGAACAAAUUCUACUCAAAAGAUUUAAAAGGAUAGUAAUAAGAGGUAAAAGGGGACGAGGAGUACCGGUUCUUUUUAGUCCCGACAUUCAAGGACACAUAAAUAUUUUAAUUAAAAUACGCAACAAAUUUGUUAGUGAAAAAAACCCAUUCCUAUUCGGUAAUGCUAAAUCAAAUGAACCUAAAUGUGGUUAUAAGGUUCUGAAGAAAUUCGCACUGGCAUCUGGGGCAAAGAACCCAUCAGCUAUUACAGCAACUAGACUCCGGAAGCAUUUGGCUACCCUCACACAAUUAUUUGAUAUGUCUGAGAAUGAUUUGGAGCAGCUGGCUAGUUUUAUGGGACAUACCAUUGGCGUACAUCGGGAAAACUAUCGUUUACCAAAUGAUGUAUACCAAACAGCCAAGAUUUCAAAACUUCUGCUUUUAAUGGAAAAAGUUUAAAGGAAAAGCCCUGAAUGAUAUUAAUUUAAAUUUGGAAGAAGACUUGAUGCUUGCUAACGAAGAACAAAGCGAACGUUGUGAAUCGCCAUCUUUGCAUUCCGACGUUCCAGAACCGUACAGUUCAAAAAUUCCAGAGAAGAAAAAUGAAUAUCUUCCUAAGAAAAAUAAACGAGUACUCGUUAAGUGGACCGAUGAACAGAAAAAAAUUGUUUUAAAUUUUUUUGCAAAUCAUAUAAAAAACAGAAAACCACCGAAACGAAAUGAAUGCGAGGAAUUGAAAAGGCUCCAUACCGAAAUAUUCUCGAAUAAAGAUUGGCCGAAAAUUAAAGUAUUCGUCCAAAACCAGUAUCAUAAAUAUAAUAACAAAUGAAGGAAUUUUGUUUUACUUUUCAAUGGUUCCUAUGAGGACAGAUUCUGAUUUUAUUUUUGUAAGUGUUGUAUAACUAUUUUCUACACCUUACUUUUGCCUGUUCUUAUUUAAGAAUAAUAAAGUGUUUUCUAUGUAACAAGGUAUUUUUCUACAUCCAGCAUUUUCAUUCAUAAAAACUUAAUGCACUACCCCUUGUAUAAUGUAAUUUGUAAAACUUAUCAUGUGGUUAUAUCUGUUAUUCAUUUCGCUUUGCCUGGCUUCAUACUAAAAGCACAUGUAACGUCGUAGGAAAUAUAGGAAAAAAUGAAACACAGUGUGUCCCCAGAAAAAAAACUUUAUUCUUCUUUUGAUCCAUUUUAUUGUCAAAAUUAGCUUUCAAGAAGCAUAUAAUUUUAUUUUGAUAACCGCCCUGUGAUAGAACUCCAAACGCCAUCUACUGGUAAGACAUUUUCUGAUUCUUUAUUAACAACUUUUUAUUUACAAUUUUAUAUUACAACAAGGGCACUUACCUGCUUCAUGUCCAUUUGAUUUGAAGUUAAAACAAAAUCCUUUGUACCUCUUCUUAGGUGUCCGAUGUCUUCUUCCUUAUGGGGUUAUUACUGAUAGUCCACAUAUGGCUCUUGCGAAGCGUUUUUUCCU